AUAUAAACAACAUUGUCAUCAGUGAUAACAUUCCAACUUGUUAUAAGUGUGGAAGUCCUCUUCCAAAUAUGCCAAAAAUUAACACAUCCACAGUUUAUUUCAAUACUAAUAAAACAGAGAUAGAUGCUUCGGCAGCUGCUAAGGUCAUGGGAAACCUCUCCAGUGUUGUGUCUUUGAUGGGGAAUCAAACCGUUGCCUCUAUAUCCAUGGGUAAUGUUCAAGGGGUUUUAAAGAAAAUUCAAACUGAGUCUGAAAUCACAACGUCCUACUUCAUCUACUCUUCAGAAUCUGGCAUCAGUGUUAUAGAGGAUUUGGACGAACUGGAGAAUUUUCCCAAUGCUUUCUGUAUUCCAGCAGAAGCAGCUAAGGAAGCGCUCAACCAAAGUGCAGGAAGCGCUUUUAUGGGUAUUUUCCGCUUUCCCAACAUGUCAAAGGAUGCAGAGAAUAGUACGGUUUUGAAUGAUGAGGUUUAUGCAAUCGAAAUGGGGACUAAAAUUUCAAAUCUGAGUGAAAACAUCAGCUUGACAUUCAAAUAUCAGAAGGUGGCUGGAACUCCUGUUUGUCACUCAUGGGAUGGAAGCGGAAAUAGGCCAAACUGGACAACCGAAGGGUGCAGUACCCUUGAAGGAAUAAACAAUGUAACAUGUCAAUGCAAACAUUUGACUUUCUUCGCAGUGCUUAUGAGCCCUCAAGUCGGACCCAUUUCCUCAGCCGACCUCACUGCUCUCACCUACAUCACCUACAUUCUGCGGCCUCUCCUUGUUUUUCCUGUCCAUUGGGCUCUUCAUGCACUUCCUCAUGAGGAAAGUGAAGGCCACUGAUUCUCUCCGCGUGCUGAUUAAUCUCUUUGUGGCGCUGUUCCUGCUCAACGUGGCCUUCCUGUCGAAUGAGUAUGUAGCGCGUGCGAAGGACGACACCGCCUGCAAGGUCAUGGCUGGAU